CGGCGCGGCGCGGGGCGCCUCGAAGGGCACGGCCGAGGGGCGCGGGCGCUGCCGGAAGCUGGGGCGGGGCGCCCGCGCGGGAUGCGGUGAAGGGCAAGCGGCGCGGCAGCGGCGAUGAGUGCCUCGGCAGCCACUGGGGUCUUCGUGCUGUCCCUUUCGGCCAUCCCGGUCACCUACGUCUUCAACCACCUGGCUGCCCAGCACGAUUCCUGGACAAUCGUAGGGGUUGCUGCCCUCAUCCUGCUCCUAGUAGCCCUGUUGGCUCGUGUCCUCGUCAAAAGAAAACCACCCCGGGACCCACUGUUUUACGUGUACGCGGUUUUUGGAUUUACCAGCGUGGUGAACCUCAUCAUAGGACUGGAACAGGACGGGAUCAUUGACGGGUUCAUGACGCACUAUCUGAGAGAGGGUGAACCAUACCUGAACACUGCAUAUGGGCACAUGAUCUGCUACUGGGAUGGCUCUGCUCAUUAUCUGAUGUACCUGGUGAUGGUGGCAGCCAUAGCCUGGGAGGAAAAUUAUAGAACCAUUGGCCUAUAUUGGGUCGGAUCUAUUAUUAUGAGCAUCGUUGUUUUUGUGCCGGGAAACAUCGUGGGGAAAUAUGGAACACGCAUUUGCCCUGCCUUUUUCUUAAGCAUACCAUACACUUGUCUUCCUGUCUGGGCUGGUUUCAGAAUCUAUAAUCACCCAUCAGAAAAUUAUAAUUAUCCCCCAAAGGUCAUUCAAGAAGUCCAAGCAAAGGACCUGCUGAGAAGACCAUUUGACUUAAUCUUGGUUGUGUGUCUCCUUCUGGCAACUGGAUUUUGUCUGUUUAGAGGCUUGAUUGCUUUGGAUUGCCCAGCUGAGCUCUGCCGAUUGUAUACACAGCUUCAAGAGCCCUACCUAAAGGAUCCUGCUGCUUAUCCUAAAAUCCAGAUGCUGGCCUAUCUGUUCUAUUCUGUCCCUUACUACGUGAUUGCGCUUUAUGGCUUAGUGGUGCCUGGGUGCUCCUGGAUGCCUGACAUCACACUGAUACAUGCUGGAGGUCUAGCUCAGGACCAUGCAGGAUAUUUUCAAGAGUCAGGCCUGGCACCGAACCAGCUGCAAGGGAGGCUGAUGAAUGUGGUCUUCCUGUGUGUCUCAGAAGAAACGUGAAUACUUGUUUAUGAAAUGGAUUCUCAUCUUGAGGAUACCUGACACAUUCAUCACAGAAGCACUCUCCAUAACCUUGACAAGCACCUCCAGCUUGCUAAAACUGCCAUUCCUAAUUUAGAAGCUUUAUGUAUUCAUGAUCCAACUAACUUUAAUAAAAUCUGCUUUUAUUGGAAGAUCUAGUGAACUCUCAAGAGCUUGUGACUUAAUAAGAAAAAAAUCUUUGGAAAACUUCUAGAUCAGUACAAGUUAGUGGGAAACCCAGUAGUUAUUAAGUCCACGGUUUCAGACCAUUUAGGAAUCCGCCAUAUCUGCUGCCUUCAGAAAUCAAAAGAUCACUCAAAAAGUAGAAUAUAAUACAAUAAAGACAGGACACAUUUUCUACCAAAGAGUUCCACUGGGGACUUGAUUCAUGACCCAAGUGUCUUUUCAUACAAAAUUAAAGUUUCAAGUCUAAUUUGAAAGGUACUAUAGGCUGUUUAGCCCUCCUUAUAACAUUUUCUAAUGGUUGAAGAAUUUUUCUCUGCUAAGAUAUCACUGAAAAUUAAAAGAUAUAGUCAGCAUGGUUAAGACUAUGAGCUCUGGAGGCAGAAUGGUUCAAAUCUGCCUCUGAUUAGUACUGUGACCUUGGUUACUUCACCUCUUUGAUCUUCAGUUUCCUCUUUUGUAAAGUUAGGAAUAGUAGUGUCAUUCUCUUGCAGCUGUUUUAAGAAUUACACGAAGUAACUGAUGCAGAGUAUAAAGCAGUGCCUGGCACCUAAUAAGCUGGGGGCCUCUUUGUUGCUAUUAUCAUUGUGGUUAGAAGACUCCCAAAAAGAGUUUAGAGGAGAAAUGGCUUAUGUUACUGAGAAGAUACACUGAUUUGUAGCCAUGUAUAUUUUGAAUGAUCACCUAAAAGUCAGAGAAACUGGAAGCAGGCUCUGGAACAGAUUCACAGUGGGUUUGGCAGGGAGCCUGCCAUGCCAUCCAGCUAACACCUCACAGCCCUGGAAGCAGGAGCAGUUCCACUUCCGUCAGCCAUGGCCCUUCCCACUGGUGGCCUCACUCUCCCACUCCCCGGCUAUGCCAGUGCCAUGUCCUUUCUCACAAAAGGGUCUGGAGGCUUAUCUGUGGAUAAUUUAGUUGUAAAGAGUUGACUCCACUGGGAGGCAAAUUUUGUAAGUUUUUUCCUUUAUGGAAACCUUGAAGAAAUAUCUGAAAGCAAAGGUUUAGGAAGAACAUGGGUAACUGGGAUACUAAUACAAAUCUCAUUUUAAUGUUUUGCUUCUGAUGUAGUUCAUCACUAAAUAUAUUUAGCAUUAAAACUAGAGUUUGGGUUUAAUGUCUUCACAUGCUUACUAUCCUUUGGGGGAGACAGUCUUGAAAUUGUCAAAAGGUCAGCAAGGGAAUCUAAAACCAGAUGGCCCAGGUUUUCAGCCUAACAGAGUGCCAGCUCCCGAAGGGUUAUUUCAGCUGGGUUUUUGAUUCUGUCCGUAUAAGCUGCCCCUGUGUUUGGCGCUACCCUAAGUACUGCACGAAGAUCACCCUACUGAGCCUGUAUAACAAUCCUUAUGAGAUGGACUCCACUCUUAUUCUUUUACAGGUGAGGAGGCCAAAAAAGUUACAUACCUAAUACAGGGUCAUAUUGCUGGUUUUCAGUGGAGCCAGGAUGAUACUGCCAAUCUGGUUCCAGAUUCAGUGUUCUUAAUCACAAGACUCUGGUGCCCAGAAAACCCUAAGAAACAGUAAUACGGUUCUGGAUUAACUACAGUCCCAUAUAGUAGCCUUGCUAUUGUCCUAAUGUUCAUAUGAAUUUUGCCUGUAAUAUUUAUGUGGACACACAAAACUCUUUUAAUUCUACUUUCUGGAGCCAGGAUUAUGAUUUUUAGUCCUUCUUUUCAGGCUGUUUCCAUAAGAAAACAGAGCUAUUAAAAUGUAACCUUUUUCUUUGCCUUUUUGGCCUCAUUUUUCAUCCUAAUCAUCCAUUCUUAAGAAAAUCAAAGUAAAUCUCUUAAUUAAAUUUAUUUAAAGUGAAAAACAAUUUAGGAAGAAAAUUAUUAGGGGCCCAACCAUAACUUAUUACUGAAUUCUGGUGAAACUUCCGGGAUCCGUAACUUGCACCUAUAAUCCUGGCCCCGUGUCAUUUCAGCAGCACCGAGUCCACUGAGCCACCGGAUCCCAGGAUAGAGCUCAGAUGGCACUCUCUGGGUCUGUCAUAAGGUCUCCUCUGCUGGUGGCAACCCCACCUAGGAGACACAGUGCAGCCCCUUAUCAGCUCUGUGCUUGGGAAGGGAAUCUUCAAGUGAGACCGAGGCUUCCCUGAAGCUUCAGUACCUUGGUAACUGGACACCAGAUGCCUCAGAAGCUAUGGUCAGGUUGCUCACUCAGCUAGAGGUGUGGCCACUACGAAUAUACCCAUUAGAGCUUUGAGCAGUACUGGAAACUGCAGAAAGCUGGGCUCGGGCUUUUCCCUCUCAAUUACCUACCUCUUUUGAUCAGAAAUGCAAUCAUCUUUGCCCCUUGUUAAAUAAUUCUGAAGCAAAAGGCCUACUAACAUAGGUAUAAAAAUAUAGAAAUGCUUUGUAGAAGCUUUUUGAAUUUUGACAGUCACAAGACCAUUACUGUUGAACGUUUAUUGAGCUCUAACAAUGCGAUAUGUGUCACACAAAACAUUAGACACAGUACCUGCCCAGUGGGCUUACAAUCUAAAAUAUAAGGACAUGAUCAUUUUUAAAAUGUUGCCAUGAGUUUGCCGUUUCUGAAAAUGAGGUAUUAACUGCACUGGUUAGUGCAGGAAAAGAGCCUACGAAAUCAGAUUUUUAAAGCAGAUUCCCUAUGUAAGUAAGCAUGACUGCUCACAUCAUUCUCUUAAACUACGGUUGCAUUUCCCCAAACUUGGUGAUUUUUGAGAUGUGGUACAAGUGUCUAUAGAGACACCAAAUGCACAUUUCUGAAAAUCAGGGUUCAGAUCUGGCCUCUAGUCCAGAAGAAACAGUUUGAUUACUUAUUCAGAAAAAUACUGUUAUUCAAAAUAGACCAUAGGAAAAAACAGUGUUGGGGGCCAAGUUCCUGUUCAGUGUUCCUAGAAUGUCCCUAAGAACAGCUCCCCAGGGCAGCCUCUCUCAAAAGCCCUUUACUCUCAAGGUCUUUUGUCUUCAUAGCCCAGAGAUGAAAUGCUUAACAUUUGCUGGGUUCGGUUUGGGCAUCUGCCCUGGGGGAGGUGUGUUUGAGGGUAGAGCCCUUUCAGCGCCUCACGGAUCACAGUGCAGACCAUUUCCUGCGUUGGCAUUGGUCCUUGGCAAUGCACCAUGCUAAUUUAAUUUCUGUCUCCAGAGAGCAGCAAAACUACCAGACAUCCCCAGAAAGUAUCAGUAAUUUGUAAAAAUGUAACUUGCUAAAAUGUCUUUCACUGAUACAAUCCAUACACAUACUGCUUAUGAAAACGUGUCCUUUUCUUACCACAGUAAAGUCAAAUGCUAAGUAACACUUAUCUGUUAACCACUUAGCAAGAUAAACUGAUUUCAUAUGGAAGGAAAUGUAAGAUAACUUCUAUGUAUUUAAAAGCAAGUUAUUUAGUUUUUCAUUCUUGUUACUUCUGUGCCUUUUUUAGAUUAUAGGAUCUUUCUGUCUCUUCACUUUGAUCCUGAUGAACUAAUAAGUCACCACAUAACUACAUUUAGAUUCCCAGUCCUUUAUUUAUGUAUAUCUUGAAUUUCAGUAAGAUAUGAAAUCCAGGGUUGCAUUUUGUAAUAAUACAAGGAUCCUGAGGAAAUACUGUCACAAAAGCCUUUUCUAAUACAGUUUUCCCCUGUGCUUAUGAAAAGCAGCAAAAAAAGACCAACUGCCACAUUCUGAAUGUAUGUUCUGAACAAGUAUCUAAGUACAAAUGGGAAGCUCUUGCCUUUCUGUUUGGGAAACUCAGAUUAUGUUGACAAGCCGUACUUCUAAAUAAAUAAUAAUUUGAUUUAAAAAGGUUGCCUGCAUGUACAUUUGCCAUUUUAUAAAAAGCAACCAAUUCCUACCCCCGCCUUAUCUUAUAUAAAACAAACCUUAGCAUUUUUUAAGUUGCAUAAAACACAAAUACAUGAAUAAAUAAACAAACAAAAUGCAUAAUAAAGGGCUUUGGGUUCUUGCUCCAAGGAGUAGGCAAAGGACUGAUAAAGAAGCUGAGGUCCUCAGUGCUUCUCUUUAAAUAGUCAGGCUAAAAAUAAAAAUAUUUUAUCUGUCUAAACUCUGUAUUUGCUUCAUUUUUAUUGAGACACAUUUUGUGAACCACAAACUGAAGCCCUAUAAUAGAGUAUAUCCAGAAAGCAAAUCCGAAAAAAAAAAAAAAAACAGAUUUUAUUCAUAUUUUUCUGUUAAAUUAAGCCACUAAUGUUUGGUAAGGGGGACUUUAAAAUCAGCUAGCCUGAUAAAGACAUGCUGAAAGUUUCCUUUAUUUGAAUGGUUAUGUCACUAAGUUCAAUAAAAUAUUGAAGACUGUGGAUUGUUUUAAAGUAUUGGUUUUGAGGGCACAGGGACAUGGUCUGAAUGAGUCAUUCAGAACUCACCGUGCAUCCGACUGAACACAAAAUUCAUGCUUACCCUUUUUUUUUUUUUUUAAAUGCAACAGGCUCAGUUUUCUCACAUCGGUGCUUCUCUUCAUGCUAGAACUGCUUAUGUCUACAGAGUCCCCGAAGAAGCGAAAAUCCUUUUUUUAGCAUUAAAUAUAGCAUAUGGAGUUCUUCCUCAGCUCCUGGCCUAUCGCUGUAUCUACAAACCAGAGUUCUUCAUAAAAACAAAGGCAGAUGAAAAAGUUGAAUAAAAACAUUAUUUUAUGGUCUUCUUCUCUAGAUUACUGACUUUUGUUAUUCUGGUCCUGAUAUUUGGUCCCAUUCCACUCUCUUCCUAUACAGGAACCUUUAAAGAUACAUAAAUUCUUGCUCUGCCCUGUAUGUGUGAGCUAUCAUAGGUAUGAUGCAGGUAAAUUUUCUUUACUUGAAGGAAAACUGAAGUUGUUUAGAAAGUCUAUUUAAAGAAAUAUAUUCAGUUAUUUGUGAAUAAACUUGACCAUCUAUCUCAAUAUUCUGUUUGCACAUAUUAAAUAUACGAGUGAAAAAUUACAAUUUAGCUCCUGCAAUAGUGAGCAUGAAAAGGAAACUAUUCAAAAGUGAAUAUGGUCUACGUAUAUUAAAAAUUUCAAAAUAGCAAAUACAUACUGGAGAAAUACUUUUUGCAUAAAGAUAUAUAUGCUUCAUUAUCAACCUCAAUAUAAAAGACAAAUCAUCAGAAUAUUUUAAAAUGUUGUUUGAAAAAUGUUUUCCCAAAGAAAGUAUACUAUUUACUGUUGUUUCAAAAAUUGCUUUUACUAAAAUUUUUUUGUGAGUCUAAAGAGCUAAGGUGGGAUCUAUAACUUUAUCAUUACCCUUAAUGAAUAGUCCUUUUAUUGGUGACUGGAAAUAUUUCUACUGUAUUUGUGUGUAUUUUUAAUAAAUUAUUUUUGGCCUUUUAUGAAGACAAAUCUUAUUAAAUUUGAAACAUUUUGUAUAUUUUUUUCAGAAAAAGUUCUGUAGUCUUUAAGCUUUUUAUUUUAAAAAUCUAUCAGUUAUAUGUUCCAAUUCAAAAUGUCAUCUACAUUCUCCUUAUGUUUUAAUGUGAGCAAUGAAGAGGACGUUUGAUUAAUUAAUUAAAUUUCAUUAAUUUUAAUUUAAAAUAUUCAAAAUUAAAAAGUACCUCUUAAGGAAAAAGAACCAGACUGGCAUUCUUGCUAUCUCUUAAUGAACUUUUCAUAUUUGGAAGUGUGAGUAUAAUAGAGGAAAAUUAAUAUCUGAUAAAUGAGAGAAACAAACCAAAAAUAUAGCUGCCUCCUCAGUGCCCUAGAGUGGUAAGUGGCCUGGUGCUCUCAUACCCUCAGCUGCCAUCAUCACCAUCACCACCACCACUGCCACCAUCAUUUAUGGCCCUCAGUCAGCUUUUAGAGUUACUCACAUUUUUUCUUCAUGUUAUUUACUAGCUCUUCACCCAAAAUAA